AGAGUUAGCGUUUAGCUAUGUUUACUUAACAGAAUCGAUCCUUCAAACGUAUCUUAAAAUGUUUACAAGAACUGUUUAUGAACACUUCAUGAGAAACUUAUAGUUACCUGAAGGAAAAGAAACAGUAGUAGGUCAAACUUUUCAGAUCGGUCAUGGACGACACACAAACAUCUGGACAUCAAGAAUGUUUUCCAGCAUGCAGUCCAGAAGCAGAGCCCAGCUGUGUGUCUAUGAAGAGUGACGUGUCUAUGGGUCUGCCAAUACAAUUCAAGGGUGAAGAUGCUCUCAGCUCAGAUCAUUGGAAAAGAUCAGAACCGGAGUCCAGCUGUGUGUCUAUGAAGAGUGACAACUCCAUGGGUCUACCAAUACAAUUUGGGAGUGGAGAUGCACAACCUGGCCUCAGCUCAGAUCAUCAGAAUAGAGCCGAACCAGAGCCCAGCUGUGUGUCUAUGAAGAGCGACAACUCUAUGGGUCUGCCAAUAAAAUUCGGGAGUGGAGAUGCACAACCUAGCCUCAGCACAGUUCACCCGAAUAGAGCAGAACCAGAGCCCAGCUGUGUGUCUUUGAAGAGCAACAACUCCAUGGGUCUACCGAUUCAAUUCGGGAGUGGAGAUCCACAACCUGGUUCCAGCUCCGUUCACCCGAAUACAUCAGAACCAGAGCCCAGCUGUGUGUCUUUGAAGAGUGACAACUCUAUGGGUCUGCCAAUAAAAUUCGGGAGUGGACAUCCACAACCUGGUCUUAGCUCAGAUCAUCAGAAUAUACCAGAUCCAGAGCUUUGCUUCGAACCAGCAAACUUGAAGAGUCGAGAAACACCACCUUGUCUCAGCAAUGAAGUCCUCAACAAAUUGAAAUCAAAUCUGACGAGGAGGUUUCAGUGCCUGAAUGAAAACACGGCAAAGCAAGGAAACCCAACGCUCCUGAACGAGAUCUACACAGAGCUCUACAUCACAGAGAGUCAAAGUGGAGAGAUCAACAACGAGCAUGAGGUCAGACAGAUUGAGGCACAAUCCAGGAGAUCAACAACAGAGGAGACACCAAUCCAAUGCAGAGACAUCUUUACACCUUUACUUGGACAAGACAAUCGCAUCAGGGCUGUGCUGACGAAGGGAGUCGCCGGCAUUGGAAAAACAGUAUCCGUGCAGAAGUUCAUCCUGGAUUGGGCUGAAGGGAAAGAAAAUCAGGACAUCCAGCUCAUAAUUCCACUUCCUUUCAGAGAGUUCAACUUGAUGAAGGGCAGAAAUGUCAGUCUCUUAAAUCUUAUUCAUGUUUUCUUCCCUGAAACUAAAGAAAUUGACAUUUCUGGUGAUGAUUGUAAAGUAUUGUUCAUCUUCGAUGGUCUUGAUGAAUGUCGUCUGACUCUCGACUUUAAACCGAGUGACACUAAACUGUUUAACAUAGCUGAAUCAGCCUCGGUUGACGUACUUCUGACAAAUCUCAUUGUGGGGAAUCUGCUGCCCUCCUCUCUGAUCUGGAUCACCUCCAGACCAGCGGCAGCAGAUCUCAUUCCCUCAGAGUUUGUUCAUCGAGUGACAGAAGUACGAGGCUUCAACGGACCCUCAGAAAGAGGAGUACUUCAGGAAGAGGAUCGGUGA